AUGAUAUGUACUCAACAACAAAUCAAAAAGACGUUGAAAGUUCCAAAUACAACCAACAAUAUAGACACCAACAACACUCAUCAUAGUUUUGAUGCAGUAGUUGUUGGUGGUCAAGUCGACAAUAACAAUAAUAAUAAUAAUAAUCAUAUUAUGUACCAACAUCCGUUUGGUGACUUGUCAUCAUUUGAUGAGUUCCCAACUGAAAGGUUUAAAGAGCAAUUAGAGACACUGACAACAUCCAAGGAAUCAAUUGACAAGGCCACUCAAUUCGUCAUUGAUAAUUUGAAUUCAUUUAGUGAUCUCUUUGAUGUACUAUUAAAUAGAAUGAGAAAGAGUGCAUUUAGCAAAAGACUUUCAUUCUUUUAUUUAAUUGAUAGUAUAUGCCAAAGAUGUAGUGCCAAAAAGAAUACCUUGUACAAGAGUAUAGUUGGAGACUCGAUCAAUGAAAUACUACCAUUGAUUCUGCCAGACGACAACAUUGAACUCAAACAAAAGAACAAAGUCAUCAUUGAAAAGUUUCCAGUACAAGAGAGAACACAAUCAAUCAAUCAAGAUGCGGUCAUUGAUGUUAUUGUAUUAGUAAUAUGGGAGACUAAAAAUAUAUUUGAAGAGGCAUUGCUAUCAAAGGCAAAUUCGAUAUUGGCUGGAACGUUCAAAGAGAGUAGUCGGUUAAUAUGCCCACAUCUAUCGGAAAAGGAGUAUGUCAGAUUGUUUAAAAAGAUGGAGGACGACCGAAGAGAACAAAAGAAAAAGAAAUACGAGGCUUCGAUUGGCCAAGGACAUCCCCUCGAUGAUUUUAUCGAUUUUUGGUGUAGAAUAUGUGUGGCUGUUGGAGUACCUCUCCAAAUACAACCCGACGAAUCAGAUUAUAGUUUGUAUCAAUCUUUAAAGCAAACCUUUUUACUUCCUGAAUGGACAAUCGAACAAAUCGAAGAACUACCAAAACAUUAUCAAUUAAUGUUUGAUUAUCAACAACAACAAUUACAACAAAAUAAUAAUAUGAAUAAUAUGAAUAAUAAUAAUGAUAUUAAUAAUUCAAGUAUGGAUCAAUCAAUGGAUUAUGAUCCACAACAAUAUAAUAAUCAUUUUCAAAAUAACAACAAUAAUAAUAAUAAUAAUGUAGAUAUGAAUAAUAAUAAUAAUAAUAAUAUGAAUAUGAUGAUGAAUAUAGAUAAUAAUAACAAUAAUAAUAAUGGUUAUUCAUUUGACCAAUAUACAAUUCAACAACAAUUAGAACAUUUACAAAAUUCACAGGAACCUUUAGAUCCAGAAAGGUUACAAUUACAACAACAAUUACAACUAUUAUUACAACAACAAUUACAACAGCAAAAACAAAUGCAACUACAAAUGCAACUACAACAACAAAUGCAACAACAAUCACAACCAUUUACAUUUAUCAAGAGUAAAAAUAGUAAACCUUAUAAUCCAGUACACACAACUGAUUAUAAUUUAAUUAAACAAUACUUUGGCGAAAAACAAAAAAGUUGGGAAGAGUGGGGAUGA